UUAUUUUAAUUUGGGUUUAAAUUAGACAUAAAAGAUUUUUGCCUUCUGUUUUUUUCAAGCACUCUUUGCACAAAAAAGAGGAUUACUACCGAACGCAUUACCGGAAAUACACGGGUGUGGUGUCAUUUUGAAGCCAAGAAGGAGAGGUAACUGGAGCUGUAAGCGGUUUCCGUGUUCCUCCGACCGCCAGGGGUCAUUACGCUCGGCUGCUGAGUUUUCGCAAAUAAAAUCUCCUGUUUGAAACGCCACGCUCUUUUGGCUCUAAUGGGCUCCUUGCACAAUUAUAUCCGCAUUCUCCUUAAUGCUGCUCCGGCGUUUCCGGUUUAGCGUUUCCGGUUUUCCACUACACUCGCAAUGGCGGUAUUUUUCAGUCGGUGUCUGCAGGAGCUUCCAAAAAUGACGUUCAUCGGAUAUGUAAGGAGACCAGUAAAGCCCCCUCUAGCAAGUUGGAGAAGGGCUUUAAAUUGUAUGCCUCGUCAUACAUACACAACUACGAAGAUUGGACUUUCUGAUUCAUCUCCUGUUGUGCUGACACACACAUGCUGUUCAUGUGUCGCAGGCACUGCCCUAUGCAACCAUAUAGUGGCUUUGCUUUUUCAAACUGCACAUUUUUCUCAGCUCAGUGUGCCAGUCGUUCCCCCUGUGCACAGCUGUACUGAAACUGAACAGCGCUGGCACAAACCUCGGACAAUCGGUGUAAAGCCAGGACCAAUCAACAACAUGGUGAUCACAAAACCUGUGCCAAAUCGAACAUCUCAAGGUGGAGUUAGGAGUGGACUCUACAGGGGCAUGGUGGGCCCUUUACCGGAUCCAUGCAUGUUUAGAGUGACAGAGGCCUAUGAAAAAUUCAGCCUUGAAGACAAACCACUGGUGACCACUAUGGGCAUGGCACCCCACAAGCCAGCUGUGCAGUGUGCAUUUGGUAUGGUGCAGGAAGGCAGUGUUCUGUCAUAUCAGCAGCCUGUUUUACCAUCAUGACACAUCACUCUCCACCCUGAUGUGCCAUCAACCCCACUUCUUCCUCUAAAAGACCACCACCUUGAUGCACCCACCUGUGCUUUUGUGUGCACUGAACAGGAACUCUUUCACCUGAAGUCUUUGGAGGUGUCACUUGAUAUGGCUCACAAAAUUGAGAUGUCAACUCGGGAGCAGAAUUCUUGUGCUGACUGGCAUCUGCUCUGCAAGCCUAGAGUAACAGCGUCACGUUUUCGUGAGGUGUGCCAUGUCAGAGGGCAUAGCUCUGCAGAGUCCCUUGCUGAACGCAUCAUCAGAGGUACCAGACAGAUGGCAGAAAUGAAGAGAGGUCUAGAGAUGGAGUCCGGAGCAGCAUCUGAGUAUUGCGGGAUACUCAAUGUAAAUUACACACCAUGUGGCCUCAUCAUCCACCCAGAUGCUCCCUGGCUUGGUGCAUCCCCUGAUGGUGUCGUAUUUGACCCCACUGAAUACCCCCAGUUUGGCUUGGUCGAGAUUAAAUGCCCUAAUGUGAAGAAUUACAUUGACUGUAAGUAUCUGUAUCUGGAGUACGGAUGUUCAAAACUAAAAAAGACACAUGCGUAUUACUGGCAGAUUCGAGGUCAGUUACUAAUCA